ACUGAUAAUUUGCUUACAGUAAGAUAUUUGACUUUCGCGUGAACGUUGCUCGCUGUUCGUAAGCUAAAAGUUGGUGUUAAAACAUAUACAUAUGGUUAAAACAGUCUGAAGCACAUCGAAUAUUUACACAAAUAUAUGUACAUAUACGCCUUUGGACUAUAAAUAUUUUUGAGUUAUUUCCAAUGUAGUUUUCAUUUUAUCGAAACAAAAUAUUACCCAAUAUCUACUAGUCGUAGAUUUACGAUUUGUACGUUUCUUUAGAAUAACGUAAAUAAGUAAAGUUCAUUUAGAAGAUUAUCAAUAAUAAUAACGAUUAAAUCAUACGCGAAUACUCAAAACUCAAACUGUUAAUAAAACAUUUAAGUUACUCUAUCUAAACCAAACCAUACAAACCAAAAUGUCCACAAAGCUUCCCAUCAUUUCCGUUACCACCAACGAUCAUGCGGAAUCGGAAUCAUCAGAAGAUUCUCACAGCAAUGAUAUGGAUUAUAAUUUUAAUACGGGUGAAGUAACAGAUGUUGAGGAUUUCGACAGUCAGACUGACAUGAAGUUUCAGAAAGUUUCCAACCAUACACUCAAUUUACCUAAACAAAAUGAGAAAGACAAUGAUGCCACUGAUAUCGAAGACUACAAUGACACUGAUUCUGAUGAUGGCGAAGAAGAAAAGAGCAAUGUUUACCCUGAAUUAAAGUUAUCCCUUCAAGAAUUUUUGCAGCACGGAUUGCGCGAACAAAGUAUGGUCGACAAUGAAACCAAAGAAAAAGUGGAGAACAAAGCGGGUGAUUUUUUGCAAGCACAAAAUUUGAACCAAACGAGCGAUUUUCUAACAGACUGUGAAGACUACAAUACGGAUUCCGAAUUGGAGAACGGUUGUGAGCGGUCGGUGUGUGUUGACUUAGAUGCUGCCGUUGGUGAACAGGGUAGAGUAUUUAUUGCUGAUAGCGCGCGUUCUACCUACGCGACUGAACACUCUGAUGAAUACGAAGAUUUAUCUGUGCUAAGCGACAUUAGUGAGCUCGCAUCGGCGCUGUCGGAUGUUGCUGGCCCCGGCGGCGCACGUGGCAUGUCCGAGGAUGAAGUGCUAGAGAUCUCGGGCGAUGAAGAGGAGUGCCAAAUCGUCGUUUCAGAAUCUGGAUCCGAUGAUGAUGACCAGGUAUACGGCGAUAGUGCUAGUAAUACAAGUUUGCCGCCUAUUGAUGUAGCAUUCAUCAGCAGUGGCAGUCAGCAGCGUAGAAAGUCAACAACUAUGUCUCUUAAUAAGAAUGCUUUUCUGACGGUGGCAAAUACAUGUGUAGAGGAGGUAUUAACAGAUGUUGAAAAACUUGAUGACUCUGCCGCGGAGGAUAGCUUCGAUAGCGAGGAAGAAGAGAAAUCCAUACCCAGAGCGGUUAUACUGAGUGCUACUGGUGAAGAUUCCGGUGAUAUUACCGAUGUGGAAGAUAUAUUUUGCGAUGAUGUCAGAACACAAUCCUCACAUGAACUUAACGCAAUAUCAGACUCUAUGCUGCCACCGGUACAUCGUGAGAUGGUGGUCCUUAAGGAAGAUAAAUUUGGCGACACUAUUGAGAACGUUAUGCCAUUAGAUCGAGAAUAUCAAUUUGGUGUUUAUAACAGCUUAACCGACGAUAUGCAAACUGAAGAUGAAGAUUACUCGUGUGCCGAGGAUUUGGAAGGAAAUGUCUCAGUAGCAGAGUGUUUGAAUGCAGAAAAUCUAAUAGAAGACGAAGUCACCGUACUAAAUGAGACGUUAAAACCACAAAUUAAUAAGCGCCUCGAAUUGCACGCCCACACAGAACCGGUGACAGAUAUUGAGGAAAUCUAUGUUGAUGGUACAAACAGGCGUAAAAAACUGAAGACACGAAGCCUGAGCAAAGGAAAAGCAAAACUUUUAGACGUUGUUAGAGUUAAAGAGGACGGUGGUACUGACAUUGAAGACAUGGAUCUAAGUGAACGUGGUCUUCCGCCAAAUAUUGAAUUGAAUGCAGCACAAAAGCAGCACCAAGACGAUAGCAUUGAUAAAGCCACCGAUAUCGAAGAUAUUAGUGCUGAUGAGGGGUCUGAUGUAUCCGAUAAUGAAGCUCAGUGCGACGCCGAUAUUGGCAAUUCGACUUUAAAGGAAUACAUAGUCAGUAACAGCAAUAUUGUGCUAACAAUAGAGACAGAUGGGCAAAGAAAAUCUCGCAUAAAUCAUUUACAAACUUUGGCACUUGGCGCUGCCAACGCUGGUGAUGGCACCAAUCCACCAAAUACUGAUAUUGAAGAUAUGCAGUGCCCUUCUGAUGCCGACGAUGCUGACAGCUAUAAAAUUGCAGAUGACAUGCGCACUUGCAAUUGCACUGAUUUCAACGAGAUGUUAAACGAAAGUUACACUGUGGUACAUGAGAAGAAUACCAAUAGCUUUAACGCCGAGGCGGAGAAACUUCAUAUAAAAGGAAAUAUUGAAACCCGUGAUGCGCUUACAGACAUCGAAUAUGUUGAAUCCGAUGAAUCGGCAGCCAGAGGUAGCAACUAAAAAGAGUACCCAAUCAAUACAGACAACAAUAAAGUUCACAAAGAAAGCAAACACAAAUUAAAAAACAAAAUAAAAUAAUAUAUAAUAUAAAAAUAGUAACAAAAACACAACAACAUUAUUUGCGACGCCGUUAAAGAACGUAUCAUUUACUCAGCAGCCGAAGAUAAUGAUAUAGAAAAAUUAAUAGAUUUUAAUGCAGACGCUGAUGGAAGCAAAGAUAAUGAUAUUUAUAAAUAUAGUGCUGUGGAAGAUAAUGAUGAAAAAUACUCUGAUGACGAUGAUGAUGAUGAUGAAGAUAGAAGUAGAAAGGCUGGAGGUGAAAAGCACAUCGAUUUUGAUGGCAACAUACGCAAAGAGGCUGCAGUGCUGAUUGAUAACGUGCUUGAAGAGAGCAUUAACAUUAUUAGCACUCGACAGCAGCAGCAGCAUCAGCAACAAGAAGCCAAUGGCAAUGAUUCACUUAAGCAGGAAUAUAAUUCAGAAAGUGAAAAUUAUGCUAUAACUUGUGAUGAUAUUGGUGGCUUGGAUGUCAUUAAAUCGCCAACUAUUGAAUCAAUGUCUGGCAAAUCGUUCGACGACAAUAUGAGCUUUACUGAUGAGCAGUGGCUUGGCUCGCAGCACCAAACUCAAGUCAGUGCAAUGCCCGGCGUUGCAACCACAACAAUCACCACCACCAACAUAUCACAGCAGCAAAAUCGGUCACAUGAUCUUAUUAAUUCUAAAGUUGGCUUUAAGCCGAUAACAGCAACAGAAACUAUAACUACAUUAACAAAAACAAAUACUACGCAAGUUGGUACAACACUACAUGAAGCUGUAACAUUUAGUGGUAGUGGUGGCAUAAGUGAUGUUGAUGCUACUGAUGCUGUUGUUGAAGAAGCAGACUGGAAGACGAAAGGUACUAGCGAUCCCAAGCAUGUUACAGAAGAUUCGGGCGUUGCAAAGUCUCGGCGCAUUGAUCACAAAUUCGAAAAGCUCACAUCACAUUUCGCUGAUAUUGACGAGCAAGCAUCGGCGUUCGAUGCGAAUUUCGAUACGAUGGUGCAGGACGAUGAGAUAAGUAAUUUGCAAAGUGAUUUUUCGAAAAUGAGUUGGGACGAUAGUGUGUCGCCCACGACGAACACUUUGGGCGAAAUCGGUCAAAAUACUCCAGAUAACGAUAUUCAAGACAUUGCAACAGAUUUAAUUAAAUAAACGCAAAUGCUUGCUUUAUUAUUGGUGAGCAGGCGAAAGUAAUGGCUUUGGGAUCUCGACAGAUACAUGAUUGUUACAUUCCCUACUGGAAAACAAGCUUUGCAUUUUAGUAUUAUCGGCGCAUCGAAAUUUAAGUAAUAUACACUGAUCUAUUAACUAAUUCCAGUCUACUUAGAACACAAGUUUAAGCGAAAACCACAAACGUUACUAAUGCCUAUUAUUCCACGCAUACUAACACAUAUUUGACAGUUUAAAAAAAUUGGGUUUAAGCGAUUCAUAAAAUGUACUUAUUAUAUUUAGUUAACUAAUAAAAAACAACAAAGGGACUCUUUAAGUGUACGUAUUAUCUGUUAAAUGUAUACAACUAUUUUCGUUACUUGGCUUUUAAUUGUCAAAACUAAAUGUGAAAUAAAAUUUAAUGAAAAAGCCCUUUAUUAUACAAUACAAACAUGUAUACUUGUUGCUAUUUUAACGGUGUGUAAUUUUUGGAUUCAUAUAUUAAUAUGGGACUUCAGCAAGAAGGAAUAAUUACAAACGAUGUAGAGUAUGUAAUUUUUUUUUAAACUUAUUUGAAUAUAUAAGUAUUUCAUAUGUAAUUUAGUUUAAGCUGCUUCAAUGGAAUACAUGCGUAAAAGUUUGCACAUGUAUGAUGCCUUAAUAAGAAGAAAAAUUAAUAAUAAAAAAAAAGCUUUUAAAGUGACUUUGUCUUUCUAAUUUUUUAAUCCAAAGAGGCAAAUAAAGCCUAAGCAUCUUACUAAUUUAAAUUUAAUAUAUACAUUAAAGUAAAUUAAGUACAAUAUUGAUGGUACAUAUAAAUGUAACAAUGCACACACAUACAUUCAUACAAACAUACCAAAAUGCAUGUAUUACCAAUUAUUAUAAUAUUAGUCAAACUUAUUGCAAAUUAAAUAUUAACGUAAAAUCCAUUUCCUAUCGAUGCAUGAGAGGACACCGCAUAUUUGUAAUGCAAGACACAUGCCUACGAUUAACCAAAUAAAUGCUUAAUCUAAUACAAACUA